AUGCUCAAUCGAGAUUAUGUAAAUGGAUUAAUACAUAAUGGUGAUGCUUUUACAUUCUUAAGAUGUGAUCGAUCUUCACCAGCAUUUUGGGAACUAAAAAAGAAAGAAGUUAUGGCAAUGAUCAGGCAAUUAGGAUGUCCAACACUAUUUUUAACAUUAUCAGCAGCAGAAACACAGUGGUCAGAACUUAUUAUAAUAUUAACUCAAGUUUUGGAAAAUAAAGUAAUAACAUUAGAAGAAGCAGAGAGUAUGAGUUAUGAAAAGAAAUGCAAUUUGAUAAGAAAUGAUCCUGUAACAUGUGUUCAUUAUUUUGAACAUAGAUUAAAAUGUUUAUGGGAAAUAUUAUCAGCUCCUUGUGGUCCAUUUCAAGGCUAUGAAUUAGUAGACAAGUAUGUCAGAACUGAAUCUCAAGUUCGUGGUUCACCACAUGUUCAUGUUCUACUAUGGUUAAAGAAUGGUCCAAAAUAUGGCGAAAAUAAUCCUGAAUCAAUUGAAAGAUGUAUAGAAUUUAUUGAUAAAUUGAUUUCGCAAUUUGCAACGUCAUAA